GCGCGAUUCUGUAGUCGGUACUCUCCUAGACCCAAAUCGGGCCUACCAUCCAAAUACCAUGUGACAGCUUGACACUCUUUAAAUCGCAAGACCGCAGCACAAUCAACUCCAGGGUUACAGCCCCAAAAAUUUAUAUUACGUGGCAACCGGGCGGUUCAUCGUGAUGGAUUCUAUAGACGAGCCGUCUGGCGACGGUUCUACGAAAACUCAGCCUCAGCUCGCUCGACCACCAACGCCAGAAGAGAAGGAUGACGAUAAUCCAGAGACCAAAAAACCUGUCGUCCGGAAGCGAACCAAAACAGGCUGUCUUACUUGUCGAAGGCGUCGAAUAAAGUGUGACGAGGCAAGGCCGACAUGUGCCAAUUGCUUGAAAUCGAAACGGCAGUGCGAUGGGUAUAAUCAACGAGUUGUUUUCAAGGACCCCCUCGGCGCAUUCUCCAACGCCUCGUUUGGGCCGAUUCAUUUUCCCACGCCGUCUCCUCAGGCCUUGGUAAGAGAGCAACAGUUAUCGGCAGCGCAGCAGAAAGCUUCAUCUCAGUCUUUGCCGAUAAUCGCCCCUAAACCUCCACCUGUAGGAUAUCAUCCGCUUUCGGGAAUUCAGUUUAGUCAUGCCUAUCCAGGGCCGGCUGGACAAACUACAUCGCCUCCUUUGAACUUUGAUCCGAGCGGGUUUGAGGCCCAACCCGGGCCGUCAAAGUAUAGGUUCUUUACACCGACCACUGUCGAGGCAUUCUCUCAAACCCAAUGGAGGCAAGAUCCGCCUCCGAAUUUUGGUGAUCAGUUUGCAGCGGUCACCUCUGAGGAUCUUGCCCAGAAUGUCCCCCCUAUCCCUAUUAUACCGCAACAACCAACCAACAGUUCUCAAAUAGACAAAGGCAAAGCUCGUGCCGAGAUCGAAAUACCAGUCCACGCUCCAGAUAUUUUACCUGAGGAUGUGGAUUGGGAAUAUCCGGUAUCAGACGAUGAGUCUAUGGCGGAGUCAGAUGAUGUGCCGAUUAAUGAACGGCGCACUUCCCUUGACUUCAACGAGCUCGGAGUCGUCGCAUUCCAGCAACCCUAUGACAGGUUCGAGACUCAAACCAGAACGUUCUCGGCCUUCGCGCCCGAGAAUCUCCUCGCAACUUACGAGCCGUCGCCAGCCAAUUCGCCUCUAAACGAUAAACGCAUAGCAGCCGUAUUUUGGCACUUUGUGAACGUAACCGGACCCAGUAUAUCUUUGUAUGAAAGGCAUCCUUUUGAUCCCUCCUCGAUUUUUGAGGGGCAACCUAUACCGAGGUCCUUCCAGCAUAUAUGGACCUAUACAUUUCCAAUUUUAUCUUUUACUCACCCAGCUCUACUGCAUUCUAUACUUGCCAUCGCGAGCUUGCAGAUCGCAAAACUACAAAGUGUGCCGCCGACAGCGUCCCUCAAACAUUACCACCUAGCUCUGAGAAGAAUCGCACGGAACGUCAGUCGGCCGAACAGGCGCGCCCAACCGUCGAAUCUAGCGGCGACAUUAGUACUGGCGUUUUACGAAGUAUGGAACUCGGAUCACGACAAGUGGAGCAGGCAUCUGCUGGGCGCGAGGCUGAUCAUCAAAGAAAUACCGUAUGCCGAGAUGACUCGUACCAUGAUGAGGAUCAAAAUACAACAGAGAAUGCAGGACCUGCAACAGCCGCCAAUGGAUGCUUUCGGGAUGUUCGCUUCAUACGAAGAUUCCAGCCCCUUAAAUAAGGACUGGGACCUCAUCAACGUACAGCUGCUAUCCACGAUAAUGGGCCGCGAAAUGACGUACGAGGAGCUGGGCAUGAACCUCGAUGACCAAGGCGCGUUUCACGGGUCGAGACAUGAGUUCACGGAAAAGGAUAUGGAGAGGUAUGAGCAACUGAGCGACCUGUUCUGGUGGUACUGUAAGAUGGAUGUUUACCAGAGUAUCUUGGGUGGAACCCGACUUUUCUUGGAAUACAACGCAUGGGCUCAAUGCCCCCCUAGAGCGCCGAUAGGCCGACUCGACGCUGUAUAUGGCACCUACGACCACCUAGUCCUUCUCCUCGGCCGCCUAGCCAGUUUCACAUCCAAAGACCUAAGCCGCAAACGCGAAGUCCUAAAAGCGAACGGCCCCGGACGCGGCGGUUCGCCGGGCAUGUUCCCAGGCAUGGUGCCCCGGCACCCGGAGCGCGUCACCGUACCAAUGGGCUUCACCCCACCCCGCGAGACAUCGCCGCCUGCCGACGGACCCGGUGCCGAGCCCGUGGACAUCGACACCAAGACAGCGGACGCGUACCGCGAGUGGGAGGAGAUCGAGCAGGCGUUCGCGGCGCUGCGGGAGCACUUCGGCCCCGAGUUCGAGCCGCUGGGCGCGGACGUGUACCCGGCGAAGGCGACGCCCUUCGGCCGCGCCGCGCAUUACCGCACCUACUCCAUCGCCGGCAUCUGGAUGAACUACUACAUGGGCCUCAUCGUCCUGCACCGCGCCCACCCCACCAUGCCCCCCGUCGCCAUGGUCGCCGCCGGCAUCUCCGCGAGGACGACGGCGCCGUACUGCUUGGAGGUCGGGCGGAUUGCGGCGGGGCUCGAGGAGAAUAUAGAGCAGCUGAGCAGCGUGAGCACGCUGAUGGCGGCGGCGCUAAUCGAGUGCUGCUUUCCGCUGUUUGUGGCGGGUAUACAGUACCACGACAACCCCCAACGGCAAUGGCUGAUCCAACGCCUCCACGACAUCGCGCGCCUGACCGGGUGGCAGUCCGCGCGGCAGAUCGCCGUCGGCUGCGAGUCCUCGUGGACCAAAGCCGCGCAGCUGGGGCGCGGCCCCCCCUACACCCGAGCCGUGAACCUGAACCUCGACCCCCCGGGCUCCGUGUGGGUGGUGGCGAGGCGCAUCGACAAGAGGAUCCAGGAGGUGGAGAACGACGACACGAAGAUCGUGCUGGCCAAGGGCGAGAAGGCGUCCUACGCGAUGGGGCUGUUGGCCGUCGAGCAUGAUCUGGAGAAGCUGGAUUUGGAGACUAGUGAGAGGGAUAGGCGGUAAGAUGGGGGGGGGGGGUAUGGGUGUGGGGUUGUGGUUUACGUUUUUUUUUUUUUGUGUGUGUAGGAUGUAGGAUUAGAUCACGGGUGGGUGGGCUGGCUUGUUCGUUGAUGUGAGUGGGGCGGAUGGAAGGAUGGAAGAGUAGGAUUAGGAUGAUGAUUUGAAGAGAGAGACGAAAAGAAAUGAGAGGAAAGGAAAGGAAAGGGGGCGUGGUUAGUCCGGUUAAUGCGAUGCUAUAUGAUUAGGUGCUAGAGUUAUGUAGGUAGGUAGGUAGAUAGGUAGGUAGUAGCAGGUGCUUGUAUGGAUUAGAUUUUUCAUUUCAUCAGGAGUCAAAAAGAAAAAAAAGGAACGGAAAAAAAUAUACCAAGGAUUUGUUUCUGGUCCGUCGCAUAUGGAAAAAAAUAUGUAUAUACUCAAAAACUUAGCUAGGGACGAGGGGGGAUAUGAUAAUUGUUAGUACGAGAUAGUUGCAUUGAUCAUGUAACACGUUUAUUUCUUCUUCAUGAUAUUAUUGACCAGCUUUAAAGGGU